AUGGACUCCCAGUGGCAGUCCUACGCCGAUCCGUCCGGUGCCGCGCGCCGACACAACGGUGCUGUUCCCCAGCAGCAGGCCCCGCCGCAGCAGCCGCCGCCGCCUACCUACAAGUAUGAUCACUACGGCGGCGCUCCCGUCGCUUCUGCUGGCACCUCAUCUGCCGCCUCCCCCCUAGCUGCUCCCCAUAUUCGCGACGGCAACGGUGAUAUUGCCAUGCAUGACGCCCACGACGCUCACGCCGGUAUCAAGUACCCAAUGAGGCCCCUCCACCAGAGUCACCCCUCCUCGUCUGGCCGAGGCUCGGGCCUGCACUCCCCCGCCGAUGCCUCCUCUGCAGCCCAGCGAUACUCGCCAAUGGAUACGCUGCCGCCAUCGUCUCCCUACGCACCCAAGCCGCCUGCUUUCAGCAACCCGCCUUCCCAGAGGCAGUCUCCCGCCAAGCAGGCCGAGUAUUCCACGAGUCCUUACUACCCGGCACGCCAACCUCCGCCCUCUCAGCAGCUCCCUCCUCUGAGCACCUAUGCCUCAGCCCCAUCCCACGAGGCGUAUCCCUCAUCAGCCGUCUCGGCCUCGAGUGACAUGCCGCUAUUCCCGCCCGAUCCCAAGUCUCCACGUCGCCAGGCUCCCAUGCCCGCCCCGCGAGGACCCGUCCCCGAGUUCCAAAAGGUUCGCGGCCCCAACGAUCUGCGGCCCAAGCUGAACCAGCAGCCGCCAUUCCGUCGUGCCAACCCCGAGGGAGGUUUCAUCAGCCCUCUGCAAGCUCUGACGUCCCACCUACCGGCUACGUAUCGCAUUUGCAACCCUGAAUUCAAGUACGAGACAUCACGGAACCCGCGCCGAGUCCUCACCAAGCCAAGCAAAGGCGUCAAGAACGAUGGCUAUGACAACGAGGAUAGCGACUACAUCCUCUAUGUCAACGACAUCCUUGGCUCCGAAGAGGCCGGCCAUAAAAAUCGCUACCUUAUCCUGGAUGUUCUGGGUCAGGGCACUUUUGGUCAGGUCGUCAAGUGCCAGAACCUCAAGACGCAGGAGGUUGUAGCUGUCAAGGUAAUCAAGAACCGAACAGCCUACUUCAACCAGAGCAUGAUGGAGGUAUCUGUUCUCGACUUGCUUAAUUCCAAGCUCGACAAGAAUGAUGACCACCACUUGUUGCGCCUCAAGGAUACCUUCAUCCACCGCCAGCACCUGUGUCUCGUCUUUGAGCUGCUGAGCGUCAACCUGUAUGAACUGAUUAAGCAGAAUCAGUUCCGGGGACUCAGCACAACUCUUGUCCGCGUCUUUGCCCAGCAGCUGCUCAACGGCCUCGCCUUGCUCAACAAGGCUCGGUUGAUCCACUGCGAUCUUAAACCUGAGAACAUCCUGCUGAAGAACCUCGAGAGCCCCAUAAUCAAGAUUAUAGAUUUCGGUUCUGCCUGCGACGAACGUCAGACAGUCUACACCUACAUCCAGUCUCGUUUCUACCGCUCGCCCGAAGUCCUACUCGGCCUCCCCUACUCGUCAGCCAUUGACAUGUGGUCGCUAGGCUGCAUCGUCGUCGAGCUGUUCCUCGGUCUACCUCUCUUCCCUGGAUCGUCCGAGUACAACCAGGUAUCGAGGAUUGUCGAGAUGAUGGGCAACCCCCCCAAUUGGAUGCUCGAGAUGGGCAAGCAGUCCGGCGAGUUUUUCGAUAAGAGGCAGGAUGAGUACGGCCGCAAAACCUAUCAGCUCAAGAGCAUGGAGCAGUAUGCCAGGGAGCACCAGACAAAGGAGCAGCCCAGCAAGCGAUACUUUUCGGCCAACACGCUACCCGAGAUCAUCAAGACGUACCCCAUGCCGCGCAAGAACAUGAAGCAGAGCGAGAUCGACAGAGAGAUGAACAACCGCGUUGCUUUCAUCGAUUUUGUGCGGGGUCUGCUAACCAUCAACCCCCUCGAAAGAUGGUCGCCGCAACAGGCCAAGAUGCACCCAUUCAUCACGCAGCAAAAGUUCCAGGGCGCAUUUGUGCCGCCGAUGAACCUCAAGUCUAGCUCACUGAACCGGUCGCCGGCUCCGGGAACGCAGCAGCAGCAGCAGGCCGAGGCCCUCAGCAAGCAGCGUGCGCAGGCGGCGCAGGCCCAAGCUCAGGCACAGGCCAACUCAGCCGCGCAGUAUGGUGCCAUGGCAGGUGGCCAGUACCCGCCGUCAGGCCACGCUCAGCCGCCCAUGUACGGGGCCGGUCCCGGCGUGUACCCGCCCGCAGGAGGCAACGUGCCUCCGGCCUACGGCUCCCAACCCACCCAGUAUGCUCAGAUGCCUAUGCCCCAGGCUGCACCGCAGCAGAUACCACCUGCUGGGCAGUAUGGCGGCGUGCCCCAGCAGGCCAUGUACUCUCAGCAGGGGAUGCGGGCCAACCGCCAGCGCGCGUCAACGAUGGAGCAGCAGCAGAGCGGCGUACCGGCCGCCAUCCAGCGCGUUGCCAGUCACCUGGAUCCGAGCCAGCCCAUCCGACUCCAGCCGAGCCCGGCCUACUACCCGCCGCCAGGUGAAGGUCUCCCUGCUGUUGACUCGGGCCGUCGGGAUCGACGCACCAGCCGACUUCAACAGGGUGCGCGUGGAAACCGAGACUUCAUCCGUAACCUUGAGGAGCGGACCAUGGAGGAGGGCUUCAUGGGAAGUCAGAACCCGUGGCAUUGA